AUGAAAACACCAAAAGAAUUUACGGCUAUGUUUGAAGAAUUAAGUCGUAGUGGAGAAUUACGUGAAGAAUAUGAGCAAGCUAAGCAGGAAAAAAAUAAAGCUGAACAAGAUACACAUGCUAAUUUUCAAAAGAAAAAAGGUGUAGAAAAACAAAAAAAGGAAGUUCGAUUAGAAAAAGAAGUUGCACAAAAAUAUGCUGCAUUAAAAACUCAAUAUGAUGAUCUUCAAUUACAAUUAAAAUUAUUUCAAUUAUUUCAUAAUAAACAAGAAUUAAUUGAAAAACGUGAAAUAGUUGAAAAGAAAAAAGAUGAAGUUUCAAAAUUAGAAAAACGUAAAGAAGUAUCAGAUGAAGAAAUAAAAUCAAAGAAAAAAGAAUUAGCAAUUUAUAAUAAAGAACUUGCAACUGAUGAACAGAAAAUAAAAGAAUUACAAAAGAAAAUUCUGUUCAUCAUCAAAAAAAAACUUGAUCUUGCAAAGAAAACUCUUCUAGCUGCUGAAAAAACUCAUGGUGCACAUGAUGAAGAAAUUGAAAAAUAUGAAUCUGAUUUACGUGAAGUUGAACGUUUACAAAAAGAAUAUGAAGAUAAAUUACAAGAUGAAUCACAAAAUGCUGGUCGUAAUUUAGCUCUUGAAGAAGAUCAAAUAAAAGAAUAUCGACAUUUAAAAGAAGAAGCAGCAAAAAAAAUGACACAAUUUUCUGAAGAAUAUGAUUCAAUUGAUCGUCAACAACAAGUUGAUAAAACAAAUCUCGAACAAGAACAACGAAGUCAAAGAGAUCAUAUGGCACGUAUUCAGCAAACAGAAUUACGUAAUGACGAAUUAAAUGGAAAAAUAGAUAAAUUAGCUGGUUAUAUAGUUGAUCUUGAACAAGAACUUAAGGAUAAACAGUCCGAUGCUCAGUUAUUGGAACGAGAAGUAACUGAUGGUCGAAGACGUUGUACUGAACUUGAAGAAGAACUUGAUCAAGUUAAUAAAGAAAUUGGUGAAGCAAGAUCUGAUCGAAAUGAAACAACUCGUGCACAACGACGUGCAGAACUUAUUGAAAAUCUCAAACAAUUUCCAGGCGUGUAUGGUCGUUUGAUUGAUCUAUGUGAACCAACUCAUAAACGUUUUCAAAUGGCCAUAACAAAAGUUCUUGGUCGUAAUAUGGAUUCAAUUGUUGUUGAACGUGAAACAACAGUUCAAUCAUGUUUACGUUAUAUGAAAGAACAUCGUUAUGAACCUGA